AUGCCAGGCAACAUGGCCACCUCCGAUGCAGGCCCUGUUAUUCUUGUUGAUGUUGACGAUGAUCGAGACUCGUCAGUUGGUGAUGAUGUUUCGUCAUCAACUGCUAGCGUGAGCAGCUCGAUUCUGAAUUAUCGAUGUGAGAAUGGGAGAACGUACCACGCAUACAAGGACGGAAAAUACUAUAUGCCCAAUGAUGAAACAGAAAACAACAGACUAGACUUGCAGCACAAUCUGUUCCUCCUGACCUUUGACAACAAGCUUGGUCUCUCCCCGCCGAACCUUCCAGAAUUCAAGACCGGCCGGGUUCUCGACCUGGGUACUGGCACGGGCAUCUGGGCGAUUGACUAUGCUGACGAACAUCCCGAGACUGAGGUCAUAGGGGUCGACCUGUCCCCUACCCAACCGGAAUUUGUGCCCCCGAAUGUCAAAUUUGAGAUUGACGACAUCGACGAAGAGUGGACUUAUAAUCAGCCUUUUGACUACAUUCACAGCCGAAUGAUGAACGUCUCUGUCAAGAACUGGCCGGAGUACUUACGCAAGAUUUAUGAAAAUCUUGCGCCGGGUGGCUACGCUGAGCUCCAAGACGUCGAUGCAUUCAUGAAGUCAGACGAUAACACUCUGACUGAAGACCAUGCUCUUCGCAAAUGGAAUGUUCUUCUGGACAAAGCUGCUAAAGAGCACGGAACUCCCUUCAUAGAGAUGGAUCGGCUCAAGAAACUCAUGACUGAAAUUGGGUUCGUUGACAUCAAGGAGGUUCCAUUCAAAUGGCCGAUAAAUCGCUGGCCCAAGGAGAAGAAGUUCAAGGAACUUGGAGAGUGGAGCAAGUUCAACACAGACGAUCUUCUUGAGGGUCUUUCCAUGGCCUUGUUUACAAGAUGCCUUGGCUGGACUCCUGAGGAGGUCAGCGUUUUCCUUGUUGAGGCUAGGAAGGAUUUGAACAAUCCAAAAAUCCACGCCUACUGGUCUAUUCGUGUAAUUUACGGGAGGAAGCCUGAAGCUUAA